AUUGAUAAUCGAUUAUAAGAGUCUCGGUAGCGAUAUUUUUUGAUUGAUCUUGCAGCGCGCGCUCAUGAGGACUUCUUUCGCACCUCCGGCCUGACAUUGAAUUUUUCUGAAGUGAAAAGGGUUGUGGAGUGCUCUAGUAAUGGGUAGCAAGGUGUCUUGUACGCCUCAAGAGCUCAUAUUGAUCUGUGAAGACAGAAAAGGUGCAUGCAGUUUCCCAACCAACAAUGUAGAUGAAGUCUAUGACCGUGUGUUCGUUGGAGGACAACAGACAGCCACAGACAAGGAUAAACUGAAAUCUCUAGGUAUCACCCAUGUGUUGAAUUGUGCCCAAGGGACUGAGGUCUUCAAUGUAGAUACAGAUCAAAGAUAUUAUGAGGAUGUCAACAUCAAGUAUUGUGGCCUUCCAGUGAAUGAUGAACCAGAAGCAAACAUCAAGAAACAUUUUAAAGCAGCAGUCAGCUUCAUUGAUCAGGCCCUCAAACAAGAAAAUGGCAAGGUUCUCAUCCAUUGUGUAGCUGGUUUCAGUCGGUCAGCGACGGUGGCCAUAGCGUACCUCAUGAUCAGACGAGGAAUGACCGCUCAGGAGGCCACGAGGACUGUCCGGAGGAAACGACCAAUCGGACCGAACGAAGGUUUCUUAAAACAAUUAUGUCAGCUUAACACAAAGCUGUAUCCACUUUAGAUGUACAUGUAAUAGGAAAUCUGUAAUUCUUUAACUUACUUUUUUAAAUAUGAAAAUGGGGGAAAAGGAUUGUCAAACAGCAACUUGCAAGUCAUACAUGUGUAUAUGAAGUGGCAUGUAUUCUGAAAUCAGGUUUCAUAAGCGUGGUCUAAAGUUGGAUAGCCAAUCGUGCCAAAAAUCUUGAACAGGAGAAAUUCAAAUUAGCAGCAUAUUUGGUGCUUAAUUAAUUCAUCACUGUCUGGAGAUGUAAACUAAAAUUGUAUACGCCCGUCCUAGAUGGGACGUAUUAGGGUGUCACGCUCGGUGUCCGUCCGUCCGUUAACUAUUCCUUGUAAAACACAAUGACUUCAGUUUAACUUAGCCUAGGCUGCCUGAUGUAUGAUACUAGCAUGGAUCCCAGGAAGCCUAUUGAUUUUUAGGUCAAAAGGUCAAAGGUCAAGGUCACAGUAGCCUCUUGUCGAGGCCCUGGCGGCUGCUUCCCGAGCGAAGCGAGGGAUUCCCUUAUUCGCGAAGCGAAUUAGGCCUGGCGCGAGCCAGGGCCUCUUGACAUCUGAACUGAAUUAUAUAUUCAUGAGGAACGUCUUCCUAAUGAAUAUACAUGAGUCAUGAUAUUACCGGUCACCGAGUAAACCAAUGAAAUGUCAGAGCUGUUUCGUUUUGGGUUCGGAAUACUAUAUAGUAUAGUAGUCCAUUAUUCUGCAGGGGAUUCAUUUAAUUGCGGGACACUAAAGGGGAUAUAACCAGCAAAAUGCUACAAGUAGUGGUACUACUACUACUACUACUACUACUACUGGCCGUAACAGACCCAUCACCGCCCCGAAACUUCCCGGGAGAUACUGCUCAGCCGCUGGUCAGACUCGAGUCAACUCCCAGCAACUCCACCCCAGCUUCCCUCACUGCACUGCACAGCGGAGAUCGAUAAUCGACGCCCCGGUUCGAUCGGUGGAAUCGCAUGAAAUAUAUUUUUUCCAUAUCCUGUGGGUAGAUUUACAAAGACAUCUCGUCCUUUCAGUGCAGAGUUAAUUUCAUCGACUUGCAAAUCCUUAAAUCGGUCAAUAUUCAGCAUUUUAGAGUCAUAUUCAGUGCUCUUUGAUAUUUCGUCGUCACUCUUCGCCAAGAAUCCAAGGGUCGCCAUUCAAGAUGAGCUCAUGAAUAUUUAAUAUGACGUCAUAGCAGCUCGCGCUCUCAUUUGAUGAUUUUCACCGACCAGUUUUUGGUCGGUGAAUUGGUAAAAACAAUAAAAAACAAAAGAAAGUCGGUGAAAUUCGGGUUAGAUGUCAAGAGGCCCUGUCUCACGGCGCUCUGCUUUGCUCUCUCCCUUGCUUUGCCAUGUUCGCUCGGAAAGCAGCCGACAGGGCCUCGACAAGAGGCUAAGGUCACAGUGACAUCUAUGGAAAGAUAAUUGAAGAAAAUGUGCUGUUUAAUUGCAUUGAUGCCUGUGUAAAUGACGAGCACAUAUUGCUCAUUUACAACAAAUGAUACUUUUGUAACUUGCUUCCUUUUGCCAAAUUACAGGAGAAUAUUUUGUUGUCCUUUACAAUGAAAAUAAUGUGUACAUGUAUUUGACAUCAUAGUAUAGCAAGUCCAUUAUGUUAUAACAAAGUGAUUCUAAAUGACAGAAAAAAGUCACAAGAGAUUUGAACAUUUCAUCAAGAGAGGUUGCUAUCGACGAUAACUUGGGAAUCUUAUGCAAAUACCUUGCCUUAUAAUAUGCUAUCUUGCCUUGGGAUUCCAACUGGAGGGGGGGGGGGUGGACUAUUUACAGCCCCACUCCUUCGUGAACUGACUACAAUUAACAUACUCCAGGGGAGCAUUUCAUUAAAAAAAAAAUUGUCCCUGAUUUUGAUUGGCUAAGAAGUACUGUUGCUCUGGUAACUUUCAGAUAAAACAUCACUUGUCAGAUAAAACAUCAGACAAGUCAUAAUAAUGCUCUCCUGGAAUGUGUUUCAUAAACUAAUCAUAAGCUACGCACAAGUUCACGCACAACCGGGUCCCAUUUUACCAAGAGUUUCGAUCGAUCCGAUCGACCACAAGUAUCGAAAGCCAGCAACUCCAUCUAAAAAUGCAUAGGUCUGUUAAAAAUGUUUUUUUCUUAAUAUGAUAUAUAUUAUUAAGCGUGCAUCAUUGUUUUGGCAAUUCAGUGUGCUUCUCUUUAUUUACAAUGGACAUUGUGCCAUUUUUGUAUCGCCUGCAUAGCAGAGCGAGACUAUAGGCGCCGCUUUUCCGACGGCGACGGCGUCAACAUCAAAUCUUAACCUAAGGUUAAGUUUUUGAAAUGACAUCAUAACUUAGAAAGUAUAUAGACCUAGUUCAUGAAACUUGGACAUAAGGUUAAUCAAGUAUUACUGAACAUCCUGCCUGAGUUUUAGGUCAUAUGACCAAGGUCAAAGGUCAUUUAGGGUCAAUAAACUUAGACCAUGUUGGGAAAAUUAUUUUCAAAAUCUUAACCGAAGGUUAAGUUUUUGAAAUGACAUCAUAACUUAGAAAAUUUAUGGAUCUAGUCCAUGAAACUUGGACAUAAGGUUAAUCAAGUAUUAGUAAACAUCCUGUCUGAGUUUCAGGUCACAUGACCAAGGUCAAAGGUCAUUUAGGGUCAAUGAACUUUGGCCAAGUUGGGGGUAUUUGUUGAAUUACCAUCAUAACUUUGAAAAUUUAUGGAUCUAGUUCAUGAAACUUGAACAUUAGGUUAAUCAAGUACCACUGAAUAUCCUGUGCGAGUUUCAGGUCACAUGACCAUGGUCAAUGGUCAUUUAAGGUCAAUGAACUUUGGCCGUGUUGGGGGUAUUUGUUAAAUUACCAUCCUAACUCUGAAAGUUUAUGGAUCUACUUCAUAAAACUUGGACAUAAGCAGGGAUGCCACUUUUCCGUAUUUAUACGGAAUUCCGGCUUUUUUCCUGCUAUCUGUCUUAUUUCCGUAUUUCCGACUUUUCCUGUUUUCUGUGUAUUAAAAAAAACGGAAGUCCUCCUUUUUCCCCCUAUCUCUCCCGAUUGCGAUGCAUGUCAAUCGACCGAGUGAGAGAUAUUUCCCCGAGAUAUUUGCUUUUAUACGGUACAUAAUUUAUCAACACGCGCACUGCCUACUACGUUCAUUGAGUUAUGCUUUUAUCAAGGCUCUCUGAUUAGAAUUAUCGAUAUCCUGGCCAAUCAAUGCGAGCGACAAGUUCCAAACGCAUGCACAUAGACAAGCGCAAAGCAGCGGCACGAAUCGCGGUAUAAUAGCGACUGGUAAAUACGUCUGUAAAGAUGAUGACUUCAUCCAAGAUGGCAACUUACGAUGACCAACGAAGGAAUCGAGGAUGACUAAGUUUUGAUCAUUAUUUGAAAGGAAUUAGCGGUAACUGCGGUCUAAGGUACGAUGUUUCUGAAUUUUAUAUAUUUUCUCGUAAGUUUGGAUGUAAUUAUUU